AUGGCAGACCGUUCCACCCCGCCGCCGCAAACGGGCAGUUCAAAGCCCGGUGAGCUUCCGCGAGCACCGCUUACGCCGGAGCAGUUGCGGAAAAUUGAAAUAAACCGCAUGAAAGCAAAAGCGAUACGGGAGCAACGGGAGGCGGAGGCUCGGGCAUCGGUUGAUGUUAGCAGCGCCGCGCAAUCUACGAAAGGAGGAGUUAAACGGUCCUAUUCUUCUAUGACGGCUGAGACGCCUGCUACGGUUCGAGAUGCGACUUCGGCAGCCCGUCCGCUUGAUUCGAUCAAGCCUGCGCGGAACUUCACGAAAUACGUUGAAUAUGAUUUCAGUAAGAUGACGGAUACGAAGGGAGGGUUUUUGACGCAGGAGGAUGAUCCCUUCAAUAAGGCGCUGCAUGUGAAGGAUGGAAAGGAGGAACAGAAACCGGCGAAUAUGACGCAAAGGGAAUGGGAAAGAAAACAGUUACUCGAUUCUCUUCGCCGAAAUCGGACCGGUCCCUACGAACCAGCUCUUAGCGUGUUGGAUGACAAAAACAAGCAGAAGAAAUGUCGUGAAUGUGGGAGUCUGGAGAUUGAUUGGAAGUGGGAGCAGGAUCUUCGGUGUUGCGUCUGCCACCCCUGCAAGGAGAAGUUCCCCGAGAAGUACAGUCUUCUCACGAAGACGGAAGCAAAAGAGGAUUAUCUUUUGACAGAUCCCGAACUGAAAGACGAAGAGCUUCUGCCCCAUCUUAAAAAACCCAACCCUCAUAAGUCGACGUGGAACAACAUGAUGCUUUACCUUCGCUAUCAGGUUGAGGAAUAUGCCUUUUCGGCGAAGAAGUGGGGCUCUGCUGAAGCACUAGAUGCCGAGUUUGAGCGACGCGAGAAUGAGAAGAAGCGACGCCGAGAGGCCAAAUUCAAGUCAAAGCUACAAGAUCUGAAGAAGCGCACCCGAGUCGAUGCAUACCGCCGUAGCCGUCAGGGAGCAGCGGGGGGGAACUUCGGUGAUGACCUGGGCAAUGGUGGGAGACAUGUGCACCAAUGGGGUCGGUCCAUUGAAAAUCCAGAGACUGGAAUCGGAGUCAAGAAGUGUGUGGAUUGUGGGAUGGAAGUGGAAGAGUUAGAGUUCUAG